CUCUUGAGCGCAAUAUGAGCUCCAUGAGCGCCUACUAAUCUUGAUGAAUUUAUGUACCAAAAACAAGAAAAAAUGGCAAAUAACUAUUUUGUAACAGCUCACAAGCCGACAGCAGUCAAUGCCUGUGUCACAGGAAAUUUUACUUCAAGUGAUGAUCUUAAUUUGAUUAUCGCAAAGAACACUCGUCUUGAAAUUGAUGUUGUUACCCCUGAAGGGCUACGUCCUAUUAAAGAGGUUGGCAUCUAUGGCAGAAUUGCUGUGCUGGAACUGUUCAGGCCUCCUGGUGAGCACAAGGACCUGAUGUUUGUGCUGACCACCAAGUACAAUGCAAUGAUCCUUGAGUGCCAGCAGGAGGGAGACAACUUAGAAAUCAUCACCAGAGCUCACGGCACUGUUCAGGACCGUAUUGGUCGUCCAUCAGAGACUGGCAUUAUUGGGAUAAUCGACCCCUUGUGCCGGGUGAUCGGGCUUCGAUUGUAUGAUGGGCUCUUCAAGGUCAUUCCCCUUGAUAGGGAAAACAAGGAACUCAAAGCUUUUAAUGUCAGACUUGAAGAGUUGACGGUGAUAGACAUACAGUUUCUGCAUGACUGCACCACUCCCACCAUCAUACUGGUCCACCAGGAUCAGCAUGGCCGACACGUAAAGACAUAUGAGAUAUCUCUCCGGGACAAGGAGCUGACAAAGGGCCCAUGGAAGCAGGACAAUGUUGAGACUGAGGCAAGCAUGCUGAUAGCCGUCCCCUCCCCGUAUGGUGGGGCCCUCAUCAUUGGCCAGGAGUCCAUCACAUACCACAAGGGAGACCAGUUCAUUCCCAUAGCUCCACAUGCAAUCAAGCAAAGUACGAUCACCUGCUGUGGUAAGGUUGAUGCGAACGGUCAGCGUUACCUGCUAGGGGACAUGUCGGGCAGGCUGUUCAUGUUGUUAUUGGAGAAGGAAGAACGCAUGGACGGAACUGCCAACAUCAAGGAUCUCAAGGUUGAGGUCCUCGGGGAGACCAGCGUAGCAGAGUGUAUAACAUAUUUGGACAAUGGGGUUGUGUAUAUUGGAAGCAGGCUUGGAGAUUCCCAGUUGAUUAAGUUGAACAUCAACCCUGAUGAUGCAGGGUCAUAUGUACAGGUGAUGGAGACAUUUGUGAACCUGGGCCCCAUUGUGGACAUGUGUGUGGUGGAUCUGGAGAGGCAGGGUCAGGGACAGCUGGUGACAUGUUCAGGAGCGUACAAGGAAGGGUCACUGAGAAUCAUCAGAAAUGGCAUCGGAAUCCAUGAACAUGCAAGCAUUGAUCUUCCAGGAAUUAAAGGUAUUUGGUCGCUGAGAGUUGACUCGGAGCAGUAUGACAACAUGCUAGUUCUGUCAUUUGUUGGCCAAACAAGGGUGUUACAGUUGACGGGAGAGGAAGUGGAGGAGACAGAGGUGGCUGGCUUCAACUCGGACCAGCAAACCUUCCUAUGUGCCAACGUCGCACACAACCAGAUUGUACAGAUCACACCAUCAUCAGUACGGCUGAUCAGCAGUUCGAGUAAGAAAAUGGUUGGUGAGUGGAAGCACGCUGGAGGCCGGAACAUCUCGCUGGGCAGCUGUAACACAGCACAGGUGGUUGUGGCAGCAGGGAGUGAGCUUUUCCUCCUAGAUAUACAGGCAGGCGCUCUCGAACAAGUCAGUACUACCGUGGUGGAGCAUGAGAUAGCGUGUGUGGACAUAACACCGCAGGUUGAAGGUCAAGAGAAAUCAGAAGUCUGUGCUAUUGGGCUAUGGACGGACAUCUCUGCUAGGAUACUUAAACUGCCAUCCUUUGAAAGCAUGCAUGUCGAGAUGCUUGGGGGAGAGAUAAUUCCAAGGUCCAUCUUGAUGACGACAUUCGAGGGUAUCCACUACCUGCUUUGUGCCCUGGGAGAUGGCUCGCUCUUCUACUUUCACCUCAACAUUGUCACAGGUUACCUAACAGACAAGAAAAAGGUGACUCUGGGCACCCAGCCAACAGUCCUGCGUACGUUCAAAUCUCUCUCAACGACAAAUGUGUUUGCGUGCUCGGACCGGCCGACUGUAAUUUACUCGAGCAACCACAAGCUUGUCUUCUCCAACGUGAACCUGAAGGAGGUCAACCACAUGUGCCCCCUCAACUCUGACUGCUACCCAGACAGUUUGGCCAUCGCCAAUGACAGCACACUGACCAUUGGAACCAUAGAUGAAAUACAAAAGUUGCACAUAAGAACAAUUCCACUGGGGGAAUCUCCAAGACGUAUAGCAUACCAGGAGUCGUCCCAGACAUUUGGAGUGAUCUCAAUGCGUAUGGACGUGCAGGAGGGGUCGAGUGGCACUCCCUCCCGGCCAAGUGCGAGCACCCACGCCUCUUCCACCACCUCCAGCUCCAACUCUAAGAUGGUUUCCACAGGAACCAGCAUGAUGGGGGAACACACCUAUGGUGAUGAGAUAGAAGUACACUCACUCCUUGUUAUAGAUCAACACACAUUUGAAGUUCUUCAUGCUCACACAUUGUUGCCCAAUGAGUUUGCAACAUCACUGCUGUCAGCCAAGCUGGGUGAUGAUCCCAACACAUACUUCAUAGUGGGCACAGCUAUGGUGCACCCAGAGGAGGCAGAGCCAAAACAAGGGCGCAUUAUCGUAUUCCACUGUAACGAUGGCAAGGUGAGUCAGAUUGCUGAAGAAGAGAUCCCGGGUGCAGCAUAUUCACUGUCUGAGUUCAACGGUAAACUUCUGACCAGUGUCAACAGUACGGUUCGGUUAUUUGAGUGGCGUACAGCUGAAAAGGAGUUGAAACUGGAGUGUUGCCACUACAACAACAUCAUUGCCCUCUACCUGAAGACCAAGGGGGACUUUAUCCUCGUAGGCGACCUUAUGAGGUCCAUCACUCUGCUCCUGUACAAGUCCAUGGAGGGAACUUUUGAGGAGAUUGCAAGGGACUGCAAUCCGAACUGGAUGACAGCUAUUGAGAUUCUGGAUGAUGAUAUCUUCCUGGGUGCAGAGAACAGCUUCAACCUGUUCACUUGCCAUAAGGACAGUGCUGCGACCACAGAUGAGGAGAGGCAGAACCUGCAGGAGACGGGGCUGUUCCACCUUGGAGAGUUUGUCAAUGUCUUCAGACACGGUUCGUUGGUUAUGCAGCAUGCGUUUGAGAGCACUACACCCACCCAAGGAUCGGUACUGUUUGGAACUGUGAAUGGGGCAGUUGGCCUGGUGACACAGCUACCCUCAGAGUUCUUCAACUUCCUGCUUGAAGUUCAAACCAAGCUAGCCAAGGUCAUUCGCAGUGUUGGAAAGAUAGAACACUCAUUCUGGCGGUCAUUCCACACAGACCGUAAGUCUGAGGUCAGUUCUGGGUUUAUAGAUGGGGAUCUGGUAGAGAGUUUUCUAGACCUCUCUCGAGACAAGAUGGGGGAAGUGGUUCAGGGAUUACAGAUUGAUGAUGGCAGUGGUAUGAAGAGAGAUGCCAAUGUUGAUGACCUCGUGAAGAUGGUAGAAGAACUGACCAGGAUACACUAGCCACCGCUUGCCUUGACUGACCACGGUAACUGGAAUAGAUUGGGGCUGGAAAUGACCACUAGGGGUUGACAAGGACUGGACUGAUUCCAGCAUAUCAGUGUCUGCACAUGUAUGGCUGAAUUACAUGUGUUUUCAAGAACAAAAGUUGUAUACUCGCACAUGGGCAUUUAUAAUGUUGGUGUAUUAUCCACAUUAUAGACUUUUUCAUGAUGUAAAAAGAUCAUUACCUGCGCAAACAAAUAUAAUAAUGUGGCCAUCACUGUUUAUCUAAGAAAAGUUUUCAUCAUACAAGAAAUGUUUAGAAAUACUAUCACUAUUUUGAAUCUUGCAUAGUUGUCACGAAAAUGGCUCUUGAAGUAUGGUAAUCUGUAACAUAUGUUUGACCUUAAUGCAUGAAUUAUAACUAUAUGUAUGCAUACAAAAUAAAUAUUUGCCAUAAAAAUAAGUUGAAAAGCCUGUAGAGUUUAACAAAAUACCCUAGUUUCAUCAGCUGUGUAAUAGUCAGAAUUUCAGAUCUACAGUAUUGUUAUUGCUUGAAUAUUCAUGCUCACCUUUAUAUCAUUGUCUGUAAAAUGAUGAUCGUCAUCUGUAGAACCAUGAUCAAAUAUGUUAAUAUGAUCAUAGACUUGUUAAGAUCAGAUAAUAUGCUGUCAGCAAAGAUGAAAUGAGUUUGGGAGUUUUGCCAUGUUAUACUGAAUGACAGUAUUUUGUUCUUUGUUGUGCUAUAUUUGUUCAUGGGAAGACUCUGUCUUGGCUUUGUUAUGCUAUACGAGUGCUGUUUCUCAUCCACGUGUUGAUGCUUUUUUGGUAUGUUCAUUAAUUUUGCAAUGCCUUAUUGUUUUGACUUUUGCAUUAUGUACAAUAAUGUAAAAAUAAAUUUGUAUUGUUAGAAACUU